GCCGCCGCGCCGCACGGCCGCUCGGCAGGUUCUGCCGGAGACUUCCAUUUGGCCUCAAUGUGAAAAUAAAGUAGAAAAUCACAUCUGCGUGUGUAUUGCUGUCAGGAUGUUGAUUCACUGGUCAUGCCUGAAGAGGGAAAUUCUGUUCUAAUGGCUGACUGCCAGCAAAAAUAGAUGCUUAUCCUAGAUGUCAAGCAUCUCUCCUUUUUACUGGAGUGAAAAUCCCCUCCAGAUACCAACAGAACAUCAACUGCAGAAAAUGCUUCACAUUUUAAGGAUGUCAGCAACCUAAAUUCAUGCGCCCUAUCUGUACAGUUGUUGUGGAUGGUUUACCAUCUGAAAGCUCCUCAAGCUCUUAUCCAGGCCCCGUAUCUGUUUCUGAAAUGUCUCUGCUUCAUGCUCUGGGCCCAGUGCAGACCUGGCUGGGACAGGAGCUGGAGAAAUGUGGCAUUGAUGCCAUGAUUUAUACCCGCUACGUCCUUAGUCUUCUGCUGCACGACAGCUAUGACUACGAUCUGCAGGAACAGGAGAAUGACAUCUUCCUGGGCUGGGAAAAAGGAGCUUACAAGAAAUGGGGAAAGAGUAAGAAAAAGUGCUCAGAUCUGACUCUAGAAGAAAUGAAAAAACAGGCUGCUGUCCAAUGUCUUCGCUCUGCUUCUGAUGAAAGCUCCGGUAUCGAGACUUUAGUGGAGGAGCUCUGCUCCAGGCUGAAAGACCUUCAGAGUAAGCAAGAAGAGAAGAUUCACAAAAAGUUAGAGGGGUCUCCCUCUCCAGAGGCAGAAUUAUCCCCUACAGCAAAGGAUCAAGUGGAAAUGUACUAUGAGGCAUUCCCACCACUGUCUGAGAAACCAGUUUGCCUGCAGGAAAUCAUGACUGUGUGGAACAAGUCUAAAGUCUGUUCUUACUCUAGCUCUUCUUCAUCAUCCACAGCCCCACCAGCUAGCACAGACACAUCCUCCCCCAAGGACUGCAACAGUGAAGGCGAAGCCAUCAGGGAAAGAAGCAGCGAAGUGCCCACCACUGCACACGAGAAAACCCGGAGCAAAAGUAAAAGCGAGAAGGAGAACACAUUCAGUCACGGCACAGUGGAAGAAAAGCCUGCUUUGUACAAAAAGCAGAUCCGACACAAGCCCGAAGGGAAGAUUCGCCCUCGCUCCUGGUCCUCUGGCUCAAGCGAAGCAGGCUCAAGCUCGAGUGGCCAUCAGGGAGAGUUAAAAGCAUCCGUGAAGUGUGUGAAAGUGAGACACAAGACCCGAGAAAUUCGAAGCAAAAAAGGGCGAAAUGGGCCAAGUAGGCUGUCGCUGAAGGCCAGCGACAGGGCCGAGAGGGGCGUGCCUGUGGGGGGCAGCAGCAGCGGCAGUGGCGGGGGCUCCAUCAAGCCGCUCUGCCGGCGUGGGAAGAGGCCCCUGAAGGACCCGGCGAGAAGGGACAUUGGAAGCACCGAAGGAAGAGACCUGUCCCUGGAGACCAGAAACGACAGAGAAUAUAAAGAGGAACCCCUGUGGUAUACCGAGCCCAUCGCUGAGUAUUUUGUUCCUUUGAGUAGGAAGAGUAAACUAGAGACCACGUACCGAAACCGACAGGAUACGAGUGAUCUGGCAUCAGAGGCAGUGGAAGAGUUGUCGGAAUCAGUGCACGGUCUUUGUAUCAGCAACAAUAAUAUUCAUAAAACAUACCUCGCAGCAGGUACUUUCAUUGAUGGUCAUUUUGUAGAAAUGCCUGCAGUUAUCGAUGAGGAUAUUGACCUCACUGGGACCUCAUUCUGUUCUCUCCCAGAGGACAACAAGUAUCUGGAUGAUAUUCAUCUAUCAGAAUUAACACACUUCUAUGAAGUGGAUAUUGAUCAAUCCAUGUUGGAUCCUGGUGCCUCAGAAACAAUGCAAGGAGAAAGUCGGAUCUUGAAUAUGAUUCGACAAAAAAGCAAAGAGAAAACAGAUUUUGAGGCAGAAUGUUGCAUAGUGUUAGAUGGGAUGGAGUUGCAAGGGGAACGUGCAAUAUGGACAGACUCCACCAGCUCUGCGGGUGCUGAGGGCUUCUUCCUGCAUGACCUCAGCAAUCUGGCUCAGUUUUGGGAGUGCUGUUCAUCCAGCUCUGGCGAUGCCGACGGAGAGAGUUUCGGAGGAGAUUCUCCAAUUAGACUCUCUCCGAUCUUGGACAGCACAGCACUCAAUCCGCAUUUGCUUGCUGGCAAUCAGGAGCUCUUUUCAGAUAUUAAUGAAGGAUCUGGCAUAAACUCGUGUUUUUCAGUGUUUGAAGUGCAAUGCAGUAAUUCUGUUCUACCAUUUUCGUUUGAAACUCUCAACUUGGGAAAUGAAAAUACAGAUUCUAGUGCUAAUACGCUUGGGAAAACCCAGUCUAGAUUGCUAAUAUGGACCAAAAAUAGUGCCUUUGAAGAAAAUGAACACUGUUCUAAUCUUUCAACAAGAACUUGUAGCCCAUGGUCCCAUUCAGAAGAAACACGUUCAGACAACGAGACAUUAAAUAUUCAGUUUGAAGAGUCCACACAGUUUAACACAGAAGAUAUUAAUUACGUAGUUCCUAGAGUCUCGUCGAAUUAUGUAGAUGAAGAACUUCUAGAUUUUUUGCAAGAUGAAACUUGCCAGCAAAACAGUAGAACACUAGGAGAAAUUCCUACCUUAGUUUUCAAGAAAAAAUCGAAACUAGAAUCUGUCUGUGGUAUUCAGCUAGAGCAAAAGGCGGAACACAAAACCUUGGAAACUGCACGAGGGUGUGGUGAAAGCGGUCCACAUGGAGGUGGCUACAGCUCAGGGGUUAUUAAAGACAUUUGGACAAAGAUGGCAGAUGGGGCAUCGGCUACGGCAGACGUGGAAAGAGCGGAUGAGGAGUUGUUUCCGCCAGACGUCAGUAGCUACUGCUGCUGCCUGGAGGUUGAGGCCGAGGCCGAGACCCUGCGGGAGCCUCACAAGGCUGUGCAGAGGUCCGAGUACCGUCUGUGGGAGGGGCAGAAAGACAGCCUGGAGAAGAGAGCUUUUGUUUCCGGGGAGCUGUCGAAGGUGGACGGUGGAGACUAUACCACACCCUCUAAACCUUGGGAUGUGGCCCAAGACAAAGAGAACACAUUCAUUCUCGGAGGAGUUUAUGGAGAGCUCAAAACCUUUAGUAGCGACGGGGAGUGGGCCGUCGUGCCGCCCAGCCACGCCAAGGGGAGUCUGUUACAGUGUGCAGCUUCCGACGUGGUGACCAUAGCUGGGACAGACGUCUUCAUGACCCCAGGGAACAGUUUUGCUCCUGGUCACAGGCAGUUAUGGAAGCCCUUUGUGUCGUUCGAACAGAACGAUCAGCCGAGGAGUGGGGAAAACGGAUUACAUAAAGGAUUUUCUUUUAUCUUCCAUGAAGACCUACUAGGAGCAUGUGGUAACUUUCAGGUUGAAGAUCCUGGGCUGGAGUACUCCUUCUCUUCCUUCGACUUGAGCAAUCCGUUCUCCCAAGUUCUUCACGUUGAGUGUUCGUUUGAACCCGAAGGGAUUGCCUCUUUCAGCCCUAGUUUUAAACCGAAAUCCAUCCUUUGCUCUGAUUCAGACAGCGAAGUGUUUCAUCCCAGGAUAUGUGGCGUUGACAGAACCCAGUACCGGGCCAUUCGGAUCUCUCCCAGGACUCACUUCCGCCCAAUUUCGGCAUCUGAGCUGUCCCCAGGGGGAGGAAGUGAGUCGGAAUUUGAAUCUGAGAAAGAUGAAGCGAAUAUUCCCAUUCCUUCUCAAGUUGAUGCAUUUGAAGACCCACAGGCAGAUCUCCAACCGCUGGAAGAAGAUGCCGAGAAAGAAGGCCAUUACUAUGGAAAAUCAGAGCUGGAGUCGGGCAAGUUCCUCCCCAGGUUAAAAAAAUCUGGCAUGGAGAAGAGUGCUCAGACGUCCCUGGAUUCUCAGGAGGAAUCAGCUGGGAUUCUGCCGGUGGGGAAGCAGAAUCAGUGUUUGGAAUGUAGCAUGAAUGAAUCUCUGGAAAUUGCUUUAGAAAGCUCAGAAGCAAAUUGUAAAAUAAUGGCACAAUGCGAGGAAGAAAUUAAUAAUUUUUGCAGUUGCAAAGCAGGUUGUCAGUUCCCCACUUAUGAAGAUAAUCCAGUUUCUUCGGGACAGCUGGAAGAGAUUGGGAAGAAAGAAACAGAGGGAAGAAGCGAGAUUCUACAUACCACUGCCAUAUUGCUUCGCUUCCUAAAAUGGCACUUUAUCCUAAUCAGCCUUCCUUUUUGAUUUCCUGGAUACUGUUACGUUGUAUGGACAGAUGUACUGUGAUUGACCUAGCCAGUUCCUUGCGUUUUAGGGCAUCUGGGUAAAUGCAAUUGUAGGUAACUGGGUAGGCGGCAUAGUGGAGGUGAGCACAGAAAUGCCGUGGGAGCCCAGAGGAGAGCCCGCCUAGCGGUGAGAGUUGAGGGAGGCUUUUGAGCACACCUGCGGGUCCCAGGGCAGAAGGGAGAGGAGGCGGGGGCCUAGAGGCAGAAGAAAGAGCAUAAGCAGAGGCAAAGAGGCUUGAAGUUUCUCACUUGUGCAGGAUAUCUGCCAGCAGUUAGUUCUUGGCUUCUGAAAUAGAAAAUGGAAGGUGCGGAGUGUGCCUUGGGAGCCCAUUCAUGCAUGAGUUGGUGGCAAAAGCUUUCUUGUCAUUUUCUUAUUGUCAACUUAGUGCUAUGUGCUUUAGAGCACAGAAAAGCAGAGAAGGCUUGGGCUGUCUUCAGUUUGUGGCCCAGUCCAGGAGAGGAGCCAGUGUGCCCGAGGACAGUGUGUUGUGGCCAUCAGAAAGUUCUGAUGAGUGGAGAGGAUGGCAGGAGCGGUCCUUGGACUGUGGCACCUGGCCCACUUGUGCCAGUGUCACAUCCACUCUGGUUUGUCACCUUGUCCCCCUCACUGCCCACAGUGACCUGUGAUGGAUUUUUGUCCCCCUCCCUGUGACUGUGAAGGACACAUAGGCCCAGAGGGACGGAGUUGCUGCCCCUGAGCCUGGUGUCCGAUCUUUCCACUGCUUUGUACUUCUGUCAGUGAAGGCAAACUCAGGCCACGUAGUAUCUCUUCUUGGUCUCAGCAGCCCUCUGCAGCUCUUCAUUUACAAUGGCUUUCUUUUCCUUUUGUGACCUAGAUGAGUGGGAGCUGACUGUGGCUGAGGGCCACUCUUCCACGCUCUUCCCAGAGUAGAACUCAAAGAGAAACACCAAUGACCUUUGUCUUCCAAACCUGGGAGCACUUAGCAUUCAUACUCAGCUUCCAGCUUCUGAAGAAUUUCUGAGUAGCCCAUCGGUUGCUAAAAACAUUUCUGGUCAGGCUUUCUGGCUUAAAUUUGUGUCUUCUCUGUUUUUUCACGGUUUCAUUCAUCAAGUAUUUGCGGGGAGCCUUCUCUGUCUGGGCACUAGUCUGGGUGUGGAGGAAGGCACAGAGCCGUCUCUGGUCAGGUCACAUUCCCUGAUGGCAUGCCAUCCAUGACAUUGUGUGCUGGUGGACCAGAGGCGUGGAAGGUGCAGAGCUGGCUCAGGGCUGCUUGGAGGACAUGCCACUAGAAGCUGGGGCUCAGGGUGGGCUUCUCGGCGAAGGUGUCAUCUGAAAACAGGCGUCCAGGUGAGAAUGUGAGCUGAGCAGCUGUUGGGGGAGAGGAGAGAAGUGCCCUGGCAGAGGCUCCCGGCCCACCCAUAGCUGCGUCCUCGUCUGGUCUCCCUUCCACCCUCCGUCCUCCCCAACUAGAAGUAAAGUCCAUGCGUCCAAUAGAGGUUGCUUAAGCCAUGCCUGGUCCUCUUUGCUGUGCAACCCGGAAGCUGGAGCUAGCGAAGUGAAAUGAUGUCAGGAGAUAAUGCAGGUUCAUUGAGUAUGUGUUCAGUGUAGCACAGAACAGGACAAAGAAGUCUCUCCCUUUGGAAUUGACUUUCAAGGGGAGGAUGCAGAAAAAAAUCCUAAAACUAUAGCAGAAACUGGCAUGACUUCAUGGCAUGACUUCAACAGUGGGUUCAGCCCAAGGUGAGGGUGGGGAGGCGGAGGAUGACGUUUGGGAAUCAGGGAGCUGCAUCCCCUCGAGCCUUUCCUUCAGGCCAGCAGACAUUGUGUAGGCCUGGUGCCCUGAGGCACGCAGAUGAAUAGGCAUAGGCCCUGCCUCUCCCCUCUAGUCUCCUCAGCUUCCAGCCUCCUCUCUGAUCAUGCUGACCCCUCCAGCCUGCUCGUUCGCCUGUUUCCCACCCUCCCUUUCUCCCCCUCGCCCCUACUCCCACGGUCUUGGGACAGGGUCACACAAUAACCAGUGUGACUGCACUCGCACGAAUGAAUAAACUUUGAUUGCUCCGCAGCUGCCUAGGACGUUUUCUUUGCAAGUAGAAACUUGUCUCCAAGUCCAUCUUCCUUUAGUGGUCCUUUGGGGAUGAGGGCAACUUUUCUGUCCAGGAGGCCUCUUGCUCCUCCCAAAUAGCACUAAGUUGUCAUCUCACAGUGUAGGUGUGCCUUAUAGAGAAGCCAAGGUCUUUCUGGAAAGGUCUAGGGGUUCUGUGAAUGAUGUGUCAGAUGCAAUUAAUUUCCUUGAGCUAGCUAUAGACCUUGGCUGUUGUGACUUCAUUUGCAUGAAGCUGAGCCUUGUCCUGCUUAUAUAACAGCGUGGUAUGGACUACUGUUGUUGGAAAGAGCUGAGGGAGAACAUAGUGAAGGUUAACUGGCCACUCUGGGUAGACAGUACAGUUUCCCCCAGUAUCUAGUUUAAGAGUCUUUCUUUCUGUCAAGUUAUAUUAAGUGAAAAAUGAAGGAUUGAUGUAUUUCUCAUUAGUUAAAUAAUAAAAAACACACAUUAUUGAAUCAAAAAUUCUUAGAUCUGGAAGACCAUUUACAUGUAAGAAGAACGAAGUCCUGUUAGAGGAGUGAUGUUCAUUGUUUGCUAAGACUGCUCAGGUUCUCAGCUUGAACACAGAGUGAGGUGUCUUCUGAAGCAGGAGGUGCAUACAGUGUCCACAGGCCUUAUUUAUAUUUAGGCCCAACAUCCUCUGGUUCUCAGCAAAGCACAUAGUUGGGUUAUAAAGCUACGUAGCUUGGUAACUCUGCCUACGCGAUUUUUAUCAUCCAGUGUCGUCGUCUUUGAC